AAUCCUGCGCAUGACCACAAAACGCCCAGAAAUAAACCUCACAAUGAUUAACGCUGGCAUAUGCACGUAGAUGUUAUUGUGCGUAACUUCAUUAUGAUUAUCUCAUUACAUGAAUCCGCUAAGUACAAUACUGGACACUUCGGCGUAUGUCGACAAAACGUAGCCAUAUUUAAAUAGUUCGCAAAUCUCGGAUGAUUUCGAUCUACGAUCCCUGGUGCCCAUGCGUAACGCUGCUGUUGUCAGGAGUCGCCGUAGCCCCAGCAGCAAUAGCCGUUUAAGCUGCUGAAGAAGUGAUGGUGUUGUAGUUUGUUGCUGAGCGUGUGUGUGUAUGUGUGUCUAUCUAUGUUUGGACGAUAUUACCGAUCCGUCGGACUGUAUUCUCUGCGGCCUGUCGCUCCGUCGCUAGGUGGCGAUGGCAGUCUGUUGCCUGUGACGACUUAGCACCACCGACUGCAGCAGUAGUUUUGAUGUGGUAUUUGUACUUCUGUGGCUGAUAUAACAGUACGAGUAGUAGUUGCAGUAGUGGAAUAGUUGCAAUUGCCAAAAUACCGAGGGGUGCAGCCGUCGCUGUUGAUGUGAGACGACAGGACUCUACAGGUGGCAGUGGGUGCUGAUGUCGGUGGAAUAGUGAGUGUUAGUGCUGAGAGUGCUCGUAGUGGGGGACGAUGGAAUAUCGUCGUCGUACAGUUGUCUCUGUUGUAGAUUGACCGUCCUCGCUGUGUCGCUCAGUGUCGUCGUGGGCGAAAAUCCCCAGCUGCCGCCGUUGACAGCGGCCGCAACAGUAGCAGCAUCGUCAGUGUUGAUAGCAGCAGUAGCUCAAGUAUUAGCGGAAAGUUUGUUUGGAGUUCGUGCAAAACUAAAAGAUCAGCUAAAAGUCAAGCCAUUAAUUAUUCGAUGUAUUCGUUGAUGUCCUGCCAUGUGUGAGUUAUACGGAAGUUUUCGUUGACACAUCUGCGUCAUCUAAAAUGGAAAUGAGUUCAAAGUGAAAGUGUCAAGAUCGUAUAAAGUUCUUUUGUGAUAUCCCUAACUGGUUGAUUGUAUACCCCUAGCUUGUACCCUCCCCCCCCCCCCCCCCCUCAAUACAUAGCGAAUUUCGGGCUUCGAGACGUGAGUUCUGUAGAGUUUGCUUGCUUCUAGUACCCAGCGCGAAAAAAGCGGGAACGACUCGUUAAUGCGGCAGGGAAAACACAGCAAGGCUAACAAACAGUGCAAAAUUAGUGCCAGCAGCAACAGUUAUUGGAACAGACAGAACGCACUCGUGUGACAGACGGCGUCAUGUCACGACAUGAGCCGCGGCUGCCGAAGUCGCCGGCUACCGUCGUCGAAGUGAAAAGCAAGUUUGAUGCUGAGUUCCGACGCUUUUCAAUGGAGCGUGCUCAAUUGGUGAAAUUCGACGACUUCUAUCAGCUUGUCGAGAGAUUUCAUCGGCUGGCCGAAGUACCAUUUGCUUUAUGCUAUACAGACCCUAUUCAUGGAGAUGUUCUUCCUAUAAACAAUGAUGAAAACUUCGCAAGGGCUAUUAACAAUGCGAAACCUACCCUAAGAUUAUUUGUUCAGCGAAAAGGAAACCAAUGGGAAGGUCUGAAUAGCUACGGCAAUCGCACGAGAAAAGGUUUUCUUGCAUCGUAUCUGCCGAUGGGCCAUUCGGAAAAAACAAAACCGCAGAUAUCGUUACCCGAAGAUUUCCGUCAGGUAUCGUCUAUUAUAGAUGUUGACCAGGUGCCUGACACUUGUAGGAGGGUACGCCUUGUGAAGCACGGUUCUGAUCGACCAUUGGGUUUUUAUAUUCGAGAUGGCACUUCGGUGCGAGUGACACCUCAAGGUUUAGAAAAAGUGCCAGGUAUCUUUAUAUCUCGACUUGUCCCUGGUGGUCUCGCAGAGUCUACCGGCUUGCUUGCUGUUAACGAUGAGGUAUUAGAGGUUAACGGCAUUGAGGUGGCAGGCAAGUCACUUGACCAGGUCACAGAUAUGAUGGUUGCAAAUUCGUCGAAUCUCAUUGUAACAAUUCGGCCGGCAAAUCAGGGGGCCGGUGGGACCGGCACUUUGCUUCCGCCGCGACGUGGCUCGACGUCUCGUAGUUCACAAAUGUCACAUGCGUCCUCUGGCGGCGUGAGCAGCGAUGUCGACGAAGACGAAAUCCGUGACCACACUGUCAUGUCCCAUCCACACCAUCACCUUCAACACGACCCGAAUCAUAACGACAGCUCGACAAGUAGCACAUACGGAUCGUCGGGUGGUCACCGGGGAACAUCCGGAGGCGGAAGCGGAAGCAGUACGGGUGUUAUUACACUUUGACAAUAUUUUGUUAGUGAACUACAUAUCGUGGGGAGCCAAAAUGGAGGGACCAAACAACCUCAGGGUAGAUGAGGAUAGGCAUUUCGGUAUAGGAGGAUGUCGAUAGAGACCACAGUUACCGCUGCCCGUCAGUUUGUUCUAGCAUACGGGCAACAUCAACGAAGCGAAGUAAAGCGGACUAAUUAUGAGCCCUCUAAGGGCAACACUUGUGAAGUCUGAGCAAUAAAUAAUAUCAUCCCACA